AUACGUCAUGAGCUGAUCAGAUUGCAUGGCGACUGCAAAACCGAGGGCCGUCUCUGGCACACGGAGGUGCCAGCUAUUGUCCAACCUAUCCUAGACAGAGAGAGGCAUGCCGCCUGCUCGGAUGGGUUGAAGAAUGGUAUUCUCAACGCUGGACGACAUAAGAACUUUAAACGAGAAGCCGAUUAUGAUGCUGAAGGGCGGGACAAUGAAGAGGAGGGGAGGGAAGAGAAGAAAGGGCGACGUGUAGAAGGGACGGGAGAGGAGUGGAAGCAAGUUACGGUGAAGGAAGCAAUUCUUGAAGGUCGAACCGAUACAGGAUUUGUCCGGCCCUCAUUGUCUACUUCUGGAAGAGCCGAAGUCAGGUCUGCCUCUAUCUCCGUCCACUGUGCAGACAGAUGA